CAGUGCGUUCAUUUUAGUUUCAGUCUUCACCAGAGAGAAAUAAAUCCAGCACACAUAGAGACACACACACACACACACACACACCUGAGAGGAUGGAUGACCAGCAUAACGACGCCCUGCUGGAGAGAGCCUCCAGCUCCGAGACUGUGACUGAGCCGAGGCGGAGCCCCAAUGGUAAAGCACUGAAGGUGGCCGGUCUGACCGUGCUGGCAUGUCUCCUGCUGGCUGGUCAGGCUUUCACGGCCUACUAUGUCGUGGGACAGAAGGAUCAUCUCCACGCUCUGGAGCAGGGUCAGGACACCCUGAAGAAGGAGCUCACUCGCAUGCUUACAGUGGCUCCUAAAAUAAUGCGCACCUCCAUGAGCAAAAUGCCACUGAUGGUGGGCCUUGAUGAGGACGGCUCAAAACAGCACGUACCACUCACGAGACUGCAGUCAUCCAGCUUCCCAAGCCAGAGGGAGGGAAGCGGCCUUGUGGAUGAAGGCCCUAGAGCUGUUCCUAGGAGGAUGGUUGUGCCCCUGAAACACAUGCCUCUGCUCACUGACAUCAGGGCAGACAAGCUUGAGGAGGAGGCCAAGACCACUGAGCUUCCUGCUGCCGUGGUGGAGACUAAGUGUAAGAUCGAGGCUGGGCAGAUCAAACCAGGCUUCUAUCAGCCACAGUGCGAUGAGGAGGGCAACUACAAGCCCAAGCAGUGCUGGCACAGCACUGGCUAUUGCUGGUGUGUGGAUAAGAACGGCAAGGAGAUCCCUGACACACUGACACGUGGCCCCCUGGAAUGCGGCAAUGUCAACUAAAAGCUUGGCCAAAGCCAGCAGAAUGCACAGUGGAGGCUGAAAUCUUGCAUCCAAAAUCAAACACACUCUAUCAUUAAAAAUCAGAUACUAUUAGCUCUCCUGUCUAGUAUCGGUCUCUUACCUGACUCUUUAUUUCACAGAGAUUUGAGUAAAGUGAUUAAUUCUUGAUUACUACAAAUAAAUUCAUUUAGCAUCUCAUUCUGUUUUGUUCUAUUUAGAGAUGUUUAUUAGUGAUUAAUGUUACAUUCCUAAUAGUUGCUACAUACUGACACACAUAAUGCUCAUGUAGCUGUAUCCUUUCCUGUUCUAUGUUUAUUAUUAAUUUGCCUAUUUUAAUUUUUUUAACUUAAGGCAUGUUAGGAGAUGGCAAAAGACUGUAGGAUAUGGGUCUAUGAAUGAAAAGGAAUGUAUUGUAAAUAAGUGGCCUUCAAAUAAACCAUGCCUCCUUAUUCUAAA